GAGCACAAUGAUCGGUUAAGAGAGAAUGGUGUUAGUCCUUGAAGCAUAACAUUUAUGGAUGCUACCUUGAAAAUGUCAACAGAAAACUUUCUAUAAAUAUUCCUUCCUCUAAAUCGGUACUACUUGAUUAGCAAUAGCAUCGACAAAACCUGACUCAAAUCCAUUCCACAAGCUUUCAACCAACGUUCAUCACCAUCACCAAUGCUGAAUGCCAUGACAGAGAACAAUUAAAAAUUUAAGACCCCAUUGUGUAUACAUAUAGAUAGUCCCCAAACAAAAGCAGGGUGUGCCCCAUCUCCAACGUACCAACAAAAAGUUUCAAUGAGCACACAUGGUUCUUACGGCAUGAGAUCCAAAGCAUCCUUUGAAAGUGAAGCCAAGGCCACAGUGAAAGAAAGUGGGGGUGGGGGUGGAGGCAAGAGUGGAAAGACCAUGUCCAUCAACAGCAAGGAGAAUCUGUUCAUAUGUUUUCUGGUGACACUUUGGUACUCAUCAAACAUUGGUGUGAUUCUUCUGAACAAGUAUCUGCUUUCAAACUAUGGGUUCAAGUUCCCCAUCUUCCUCACAAUGUGCCACAUGUCAGCCUGUGCUGUUCUCAGCUAUGUGUCCAUCGUGUUCUUCAAGGUGGUGCCUCAGCAGAUGAUAAAAUCAAGGUCUCAGUUCAUGAAGAUUGCAACUUUGAGCCUUGUGUUCUGUGCCUCUGUGGUGGGUGGCAACGUCUCCCUCAGGUACCUAGCUGUGUCAUUCAACCAAGCAGUUGGGGCAACCACUCCUUUCUUCACUGCUGUCUUUGCCUAUUUGGCCACCCUUAAGAGAGAGGCUUGGGUUACCUAUGCUGCCCUUGUUCCUGUUGUUGCUGGGGUUGUCAUUGCAAGUGGGGGCGAGCCAGGGUUUCACUUAUUUGGAUUCAUUAUGUGCCUAAGUGCCACUGCCGCUAGAGCUUUCAAGUCUGUCCUUCAGAGCAUUUUACUUUCUUCUGAAGGGGAGAAGUUGAAUUCAAUGAAUUUGCUCCUGUAUAUGUCUCCAAUCGCGGUCCUAGUUUUGUUGCCUGCAGCACUAAUCAUGGAGCCAAAUGUCGUAGAUGUCACAUUGACGCUUGCAAAGGACAAUAAAUCCAUGGGGCUACUUCUUUUGCUCAACUCAAUUACAGCAUAUGCAGCAAACUUAACAAACUUCCUGGUGACUAAACAUACUAGUGCUCUGACACUCCAGGUAUUAGGCAAUGCGAAAGGUGCGGUAGCUGUUGUAAUCUCAAUACUAUUAUUCAGAAAUCCUGUCACUGUUGUUGGCAUGGGUGGCUAUACAAUUACUGUAAUGGGAGUUGCUGCAUAUGGAGAAACAAAAAGGAGGUUUAGAUGAACAGUCUCUUAACAUUCACCGAUUGUCUUAUUCGUGUAUUUUAUUGUAGUUUAUUUAUAUGAACAAGAUUCUUUGUAACGUGACUAGGAGUAGAGGGAAGUGAUUUUAUGUUAUUCUGUUGUAUCUACCACAUAAAUAUUUAUUCAUCACUCGUACAUUUUGUCCUCA